AUGGCCACCGCAUGGUUUGGGCCUUCACCAGACUGGAUCUUGAAGCACCGGACCGAACAUCCUUCAGCCAAGACGAUCCUGUUGACGGGAGCGACCGGCGGAAUAGGGCUGGCGGUCGCCAGACGCCUGCUUUCUUCCCCUGAUGAGCACCUGUUGAUCCUGACGGGGCGGAAUGCGGAAGUUCUCCGACAAUUCCAGCGAGAGUAUCCGGAUCGAGUACGGGCGGUACAGUGCGACAUGGCGGAUUUGGGCCAAGUGGCGGGACUGGUACGACAGUGUGAAGUACAUGGGAGCCUUGAUGCGCUGAUCCUCAACCAUGGGACGCUGGGAAAGUGUUUGCGAUUGGCGCAGAUGGAGGGCGACAAAGGUGAGGAAUGGGAGAGGGUAUUCAAGGUGAACGUUACGAGUUGCGUGGUCAUGAUCAGCGAAGCACUUCCCUGGCUCCGACAGACGAAAGGCCGCAUUAUCUUCACCUCGUCUGGAGCCGCGCAGAACGCUUACCCGUCUUGGGGAGCGUAUGGCGCCUCCAAGGCAGCAAUCAACCACCUCACCAUGACCUUGAAGAAUGAAGAGCCGGAUGUGACGACCGUGGCGAUCCGACCAGGGGUGGUGGACACUGCCAUGCAGAAAGACAUCCGCGAGAGCUUCUUGUCGAAUAUGGACGAGAGGGAUCAGCAAAAGUUUCGGAGUGCCAAAGAGGAAGGGAAACUACUGCCACCGGAGAAGCCAGGCAACGUGAUCGCCGAGCUGGCUGUUAGCGCCGAGAGAGAGUUGUCAGGAUUGUUCAUUAGGUAA